AUGAGCACAUAUCCAACAAAACGUGUCGAUAUUACGACACUCACCGUGAAAUCCCCUCAGUGUCAACUGAAGGAACUUCAAAAAAAAAAAUAUAUAAAAGCAGUUAACGAUAGAGACCGAUCACUAUCAGAAGCCACUCCCACGCGUCCCCUCUUUGAUCGGGAUGGCCUGCUCCGUUACAAGGCCGAGGAUAGAGCCGAAAUUAUCGCGUGCGGCCUCGAACAGCAGUCCACUCCACAUGAAGACGGAGAUGAGGAGUUUAUCCGCGAGGUAGAGGACUCAGUCCGAAACUACCUCGCCACAUCCCUCUCCCAAAUUGAUGAUGGAUUGCUAGUGACACCAAGCGAGGUUGCAGCGACUCGGGAGUUGAUUCCAGCUCCCUUGAGUGGGGCCACAGAAUCGCCAGCCCCGAUGGCAGCAGACCAGGACCAACCACCGCCCUCUCGCAGACGCUUGGAGGGGUCCUACCCCGCGGGCAGUCUCGAGGGCGGUCACCAGCCAUAG